CUUGUCCGUUCCAAGAUGGAGAGAAAACAACAUCACGGCUGCUCUCGUGCAAAGUGGUUGUAAACACAGACGGUGUCGUCGAUGAUUCUGCUGCUUGUCCCGCGUGAAAUCGACGAGAACGUGCAAUGGCGAAAUCCGUGCUGAGCUCGGACACGCUACCGAAGGCGGGUCGCGUGAACGAAGUGUGUCGUGAAUGGCUGGUGCAUGAGGACGGAGCGCUGGCUUAUCGGCUUCAGGAUGAAGAAAUCAAGGAGCAUUACACCGGCAACAAAACACGUAAUGCGCAGGUGAGGGAAGAUUUACCGCGAGCCAAAGUUGAACAGGAAUUAGAAGCAUUGAGAUAUCAAAGCUACGUUCAACAACAGGAAGAGAGAGAUGCGCUCGUUGCAAGGCAGAUUGCACUUUCUCUGGAGCGAGAAGAGAAGCAGAGAGAACGUGAAUUGCAAGAGUUGAUGAGAUUACAGCUAAGGUUGGGAGAUGAGGCUAUGCAGCAGGAGAUUGAGAAGCGUAUACAGGAAGAAAAAGAUGAGGAACUGGCAAGGAAGUUGCAGAAAAAAGAAGAGGUAGACAAUCACGAGGAUCCGGAAAGCGAGCAAUUUAUGUUGGAUCAGAAAUUAGCAAUGGAGGCGCAGGAUGCUGAAUUGGCGCGUAUGCUUCAAGAUAAGGAGCGCGCGAAAGCGCGCAGAGCGCGAGAGAGAGCGAAGCAGAAGAAGCUGGAGCGAGAACGUCUGCAGCAACAGCAGCAGCAACAACAGUUGGACGAGCAAAAUCUGGUGGAACGACCUCAGAGACCGGACAGACUGGACUUACGGACUCCGCCGGUCAAAAAUCGAGCUCGUAAUCCCGUCAAUUACCCACAGUAUCCGGAUCCUGAGGAGAUCCAGACGCUGGAUGAUACCGAUAAUGUGCGAGAAAUGGCGAACGUCGCGGCCAUCAUCGAUCCCACUUACAACGCACAUCGGGGUACUUCGAGCAGCUCGAGUAGUACAGUAAGCCCUACGUAUGCACUGCCAACGCCGCCGCAGGAGCUGAUGACUGAUGACGUACCUUGUUACAUGCCGAUUCAAGGGCAGCGACGAAAUCAGGUUCAGUCGCCAUCUAAUACGCAUGAGGAGAAGCACAAACGGCGCGUCAAAGACGGCUCGUGUACUGUCAUAUCUUACGCAAUGAUGUAAUUCGUAUUGCGCGAAAUACAAUGUGCCUUUUAAAGGGCAUACGAAUCGGAGGGCCUUGAUGCAAAUUAAUGAAUUACUCAGCAAUAAAUCAAGAUAAAAUAAUGACGCUACGAUGCUGAUAUCCAAGUGGAUAAAUUGUACCGUCCUUGCUGCUACGUUUAUCACGUCUGCUUGCUAUUAAAUAUAUAUAAGAUACUAGACUAUCAAAAAAUCACUUUAUUGAUAAUAAUGCUCUUUUCAGUAUUAGAAUUUUUUACACUUUUACCAAAAAGUAAGAGCAAAAAAAGUAUCGUAGACAAUCAAAGAACAGUUUGUAAGAGAUAUAUUCAGCUUCGUGCACUUAGAUGUGACAAUUAAGCAGUGUUACAUACGUUGAUUGACUGCAAAAGUUUAUAUCACAUGGCCUCAUAAUUCGUAGAUGGGUCAAACGCACAAAGUGUAAUUGAAACGCGUGAACAAAUCAUGAUUAAAAGAAUAGAAAAUCGUAGAAGUUUCCAUAAAUUUUGUCUCAGAUUUUAUCUCAACGUUUAAAUAGAAAAUAAAUGUAAAAGAGAAUCUCGUGCUUUUGAUACAUUCAAAUUUGCUUAUAUAGCAUGAAUGUUUUGCAGACUGUAUACAAGGACUCUCUAGAUGAUCUGCGACAUUAAUUCGAUCAUAAGUCGUGACUAUUUGAAACUCUUUUAUAGGUAGUAAGAUAGUACAUAACAGAUGACAACACUGCCAAAGAUAACACUUUAAUGUUGGCCUUUAAACAGAUAGAUGAAAGUGUUAAUAAGGAAGGCGUGUGUAUUAUGCGUGCAUAAAGAUCUAUAUUAAGCGAGUGUUAAGUAUUGCAAUUUUUUCCAAACUUUGAAACAUGAGCAAGCUUUCAAAAUGCUUAGCCAUAUUGUUGAUCCUAAUAUUUUGAAAAGUUAGAACGCAAAAUAGCCAUGAAAAAUACUAAUAAUAGUUGUCAUAUCUCCUCCCCCCCCCCUCCCCCGCCCCCAAAAAAGAAAAGAAUAUUUUUAACUAAUUACAAUUUCGAAGCGACACUUAUGAAACACUAUUAGAAUUUAUGUAUCAUUAAAUCUCGAUCGUUGCAAUGAACGUACGUAGUUUUAUUAUAUAUACAAUGUAUUAUUUACUAAUUUAUAUAAGAAACGAUAAGAGAAUCUGUAUCCAUAGCUUCAGGUAAUAUUCCAUUAGAAUAUAUAAGCUUAUUUGUAACGACGUAUUAUUUGUGGUGAUUGGAGGAUUUUCUCUUUUUGAUAAUAUGUAUUAUUUUUCCUUUACAUUUAUUGUAUUCAUACAACUAUACUUGCGUAUGUUUAAUAAAUUAUUUACAAAGU